UGCUGGAAUUGUGCCUCUGUAUCCUUUAUAUAUGGUUUAACCUGCAUGAAUGACAUUAAUCAUAUGUAUAAAUGGGAUGCUAAACAACCGCAUAGUCAUGUUUUUAAAACGUAUUCUUUUGCAGUAAUUAAACAGUUUAAUGCUCUAAGGAAUGUUAAACAUAAUAUGAUGUGAUUGACACAUCUAAUAAAGUCUUGGUAUGUUGCGACUUAUUACGAUUAAACCAGUUCUAACUCUAAAUGUACUUUCCAGCACUAUUCUUCUCAUAGGUAAAGCGUUGUUGACUGCGAGCAUGCCAUGUCUGAUAAACGCACGCCACCUGCUUUCCUGAGGUGAAACUCUUCUGCGUGGUGAGCAGAGGUGAGCAGGGACACAGGUGACAACACUCGACUCAAAGCAACAAAACAAUUCAUCACGAGUCUGUCUGAUGUUUGUCCACAUACUCGACCGCUUUAUUUCAAAACAGGGUGUGCGUGAUCCGUGUGUUUUUGUAAGAGUGGUUUUAAGACUUAAAGAGAGGCCACGCCCCCUGUAGGCAUACCCAGAGGUGAGCGCCUAUAUUAGCCAGCUGAGCGCGCGCUCGGGAUGUGAAGUGCACUUAUCUGAGCAGGUACAGGUCCUGUCACUCUCACGCGCUGGAUUGUGUUUGACAGCUCCGCGUGGCUAUUACACCUCUCCUUCUCCGGUGUUUGCUCAAGGAGCCUUACUCAGCGGAAGCGUCUGGACAGUUAAAGUGUCACAAGCUCAGCCAAUGAAGCUGGAGGUUUUCUGCGGGGGUCACUACGACUCCAAGUCCGCGGAGCUCUGCAGCGACGCCGAGGGCAGCAUCCCGUCGCCGAUGUCCGCGGAGGAAGAGCUGGGCUCGGAUGGAGACUGCGUGGCGCACAGUCCCGCACCUGUUCCCCCGGGCGCAGAGAGCAAAGGCAAGCCCUACACCCGGAGACCCAAGCCUCCGUACUCAUACAUCGCUCUGAUCGCCAUGGCCAUCCGGGACUCGAACUCGGGCCGCCUCACUUUGGCCGAAAUCAAUGACUACCUCAUGAAAAAGUUCCCGUUUUUUAGAGGCAGCUACAUCGGCUGGAGGAACUCAGUGCGCCACAAUCUGUCUCUCAACGACUGCUUUCUCAAGGUGCUGCGGGAUCCCUCCAGACCGUGGGGGAAGGACAACUACUGGAUGCUGAACCCGCACAGUGAGUACACCUUCGCGGACGGAGUGUUUCGUCGGAGGAGAAAGCGCAUCAGCAAAAAAACAGGCAAGGAUCCAGAGGGGCCGAGCCAAGCUCCUGCUGUGGACACUAUAGUUACGCCUUCUUCCAGCGCCAAGUUUACAAGCUCCUUCGCCAUUGACAGCAUCCUCAGCCGACCUUUCAGGAAAGAGGAACGCAUAGCCGACACCUGGCACGGGGGAUAUGUCAUGCGGGGCUCCCCUGUGGCUCUUCCCCAAACGCAUGCGCUUCGGUCCUUUGGAGCCCCGGAGGACCCCGCCAUCAGCUACCGUCACCACCGGGACUUUCUCCCGUUCCAGCUGACAUCCGAGUGCCUGUCGAUCCCACACGCGUCCGCGGGCUUUCACCCCUUCAGGAUCGACUAUUUGCUGUCGUAAUAUCGCAUGGGUCUAGGAUGGGGAACUUUGGCACUUUCUCAGCACUUGUGACUUGACACAUACAUUUCAUCCUCCUGCGUAAACGGGAAAGUUUUAUGCAGAAUGUCAAGGAGUGAAAGUUGUGAACUUGGCUAUUUAAUAGCUGUAUUGUCCUACUGAGCAGUUGCGUUGUUUUAGGCUGUCGUCUGUGUAUUUAUUAGUCUUGUGUGUUUGUUUUAAGUGUGUUGAACCAGGUGCCUCAAACGAUUCUUGUAAAUGUAAUCUUGUUUCCAUACUGUUGGAGAUAAAUUAUUCAAGAGACAAGCUCACUUUGAGUUCUUACAAAGAAAGUGAGGCUCCUGCACCUAAACUGGAAUUAUUGUAUUUUUUUUUUCUGACAAAAUGCAUGUGCAUUUUAUAUUGAAUAAUAAAACAUGCUUUAAAAUCA